UAUGCAAAUUCAAGAGUAAAUGUUAGAGAGAAAGGAGUAAGGCUUGACGCUGGUUUACACGUGGGGCCUCUAGGCAGCGUCUACUCACAUCAAAACAUCAAGCAAGGAUGGAGGAUGAAGUUUCAGUUGAUUGUAGCACUGACGUUAUGGAGAAUGGAAAAGGGAAAAAAGUAAAUGACCAUGAAGAUGACGUAGAUGACGUGGUGGAGCUAAAUUCUGAUAAUGCCGACACCAAAGAUGUUGAAUUUGCCGAAGAGGUCAUAAACUUAGAUGAUAAGGAAUCUGGAGAUGAUAAACCUUCAAAGAAAGGUGAUAAAAAGAAUGCUGAUAGUGACAAGGAUGGAUCUAAGGACAGGGAAGGCAAAGAUGAAAAAAAGAAAAAGUUGCCAUCAAUAGAGGAGGACAUUGGUAUCACUGCCUAUGCUGGAGAACAUUCUGGCUUCUUUGGCAUCAUAAAGCAAAGGUACUCAGAUUUCCAGGUUAAUGAAGUUGAUGGAAAUGGAGAAAUGAUUCGUAUUACUGACCAGGACAUCCCAGAUGAGCCAGAAGAAAUUCCUGAUAUGCCUGAAGUAAUGCCACCAGAACUGACAGAUGUCAAGUUUAGAGAAUUAGACAGAAUGCUUGGCCUGUUAAAAAAACAAGAAUCAAAUCUAAAUGUAGAUGAUGAGGCGGAGGUAAAAGAUGAGGAGGAGCCAGAGGUAGUGGAAGAUGAAGAAAUGAGAGAAGUUGAAGAAAUAAAAGAAGUUGAAGUAAUAAAAGAAGUUGAAGAAAUAAAGGUAGUUAAAGCAAAAGAUGUUAAGACAAAGGAAGUUAAAACAAAGGAUGUUAAAACAAAGGAAAUUAAAACAAAAGAUGUUAAAACAAAAGAUGGUAAGGCAAAAGAUGUUGAUGUCAAAGAUGUCAAAAGUGUCAAAGAUGGUAAAGAUGUCAAAGAUGUUAAAGAUGCUAAGGAUGUCAAAGAUGCUAAGGAUGUCAAAGAUGUCAAAGAUGUUGAAGAUGUUAAAGAUGUUAAAGAUGUCAAAGAUGUUAAAGAGGUAAAAGAAGUUGAGGAAGAUAAAGAAGAGAGUAAAGAUGAAAGUGCAGAUGAAAAAGAUGAGGAUGAGGUAAAAGAUAAAGAUUCUACAAAAAAGGAUGAUACAAGCAAAGACAAGAAAGCAGAGAAGACUGAAACCACUUUAAAAGAGAAUUUACCUUCACUGACAGAAAUUUGGAUCAAUGUAGACGUUACAGAUGAGGCAGGAAUUGCUCUCAUUCAACAGGCUAUCAAGGCAAAAUACCGUGGUGUUGACAGCGUCUACGGUGAAACUCCAGAUGGAGGAAGAUAUGUUGUCGUCAGAAAGAGAAAAGCUGGUAGUGUGCGGAGGGACAAGACAGGAUGGCCAAAAGAUCAACUAUACACAACAUUUGUACUCUAUAAAGAAAAUGUUGAAACUGUGGAGGCUAUCAACCAGAUAGCUUGGAAGGCCAGGGUAAAACCUAGCAAUUUUACAUAUGCUGGAACAAAAGACAAGAGGGCUAAAACCAGUCAGCUUGUUUCUAUUAAAGAGGUCGCUCCACAAAGACUUUGGCUGGCAACAAAGAAUUUACGGUCGAUACACAUUGGUAAUUUUCACUUCCGUGAAAAACCACAGCGGUUGAAUCUUCAAUUUGGAAACCACUACCGAAUUGUCCUAAGGGAAGUUGAUGGAACAGAUGAGGAGAUACUUGAAGCUGUUGAGUCAUUGAAGACUAAAGGGUUUAUCAAUUACUAUGGCACACAACCAUUUGGCAACAACUGCGUCUUUAUGCGUGGUAUUGGUUGUGAAUUACUCAAAGGCAACUGGCAACAGGCUGUAAAUUUAAUUCUUGCUCCUCGUGAUAAUGAUGUUCCUGACCUUCAUCGCUGUCAUACCACAUGGAAAGAAACAGGAGAUGCUGAGGCUGCGCUCAAAAUGUUGUGUAAGGGCUGGGAAGCAACAGUUGAGAACCAGUUACUGACUGGGCUUUCACAGCUGACAGGAAAUGAUCUUGUAGAAGCCCUAAACCGGAUCCCACGCACUACUCGCACACUAUACCUCCAUGCAUACCAGAGUUGGAUGUGGAACACAAUAGCAUCUCGGCGGGUUCAAAAGUAUGGACUUAAGGUGCUACCUGGAGACAUCGUUCGACGCAAGGGCUCCAAUACUGAAGUAGAUGAAAUGGAAGAUGAAAACAAUGAGAAUGAAGCCGAAGGUGAAGAGAGCAAAGAUGAAUCAGAAAGCAAACCCGAGAUGGAGACCACUGAGGCUAAUGGUCAAAAUAUGUCUGGUUUUCACUUCCUCACUGAAGAAGAAGCGGAGGUAGCCGACAUUGCUGAUGUUGUGCUGCCAUUACCCGGAUACAAUGUGGAGUACCCAAACAAUGAAAUCAAGGAGUGGUAUGCUGAGAUGCUUGAGACUGAUGGGCUUACCUUUAAUGCCCUUAAACACGAAAUUAAAGCCUAUGCAGCACGUGGUGUGUAUCGAAGAAUGGUGGUGGUACCUACAAACACAUCGGGAAAAGUUUGUUACUACAGGGAUGCAUCUAAAUCACUGCUGCAGUCAGAUAUGGACAAGUUGUGGGGAAUCAAAGUUGAUGAUAAUGUUCUCAAAGAUGGUCCAAACAAAUCUGUGAUUGUAGAAAUGACCUUGCCAUCAUCAUCAUAUGCAUCUGUGGCAUUAAGAGAGUUGCUCAAGAGGGACACCUCUUGGCAGGUAAGCAAGAAACAGUUCCAGGCAGCACAAAAUAUGCCUAGCAAUGUAAUUGAUCGAAGUCGGGAUGUUAGUGGAAGGGGAAGGGGAGGAAGAGGAGCAUGGAGAGGAUCAGACAGAGGAACGUGGAAGCCAACACCUUGGGCAUCAUCUUGGAGGGAUGACCGUACUCCAGCUUGGCAACAACAGGGAAGGGGAAGGGGAACAUUUAGUCCUUGGGCUGAUCAAGGAGGUUUUAGGAAUCGUGAAUAUGGUUGGAACAGUAACCGCGGAGGAUAUGGCGCACAUGUCACCUAUGGUGCUAAUAGUGGGUGGGGGAGAGGGGAUAAAAGGAUCUGGAGAGGUGGAGACAGCUGGGCUAACAAGAGGGGGAGAUUCUGAAUAAAUGAAAUCAUCUACCCAAAUAAUUUGGGUUAGAAUUAAAUUGAUAAAUUACAGAUUGUAAAGUUUGGUGUCCAUAGGCUGUCGUUCUUGUCUGACCUUUGUGUACUGUACUUACGUGUUGGUCUUUUGAGACAUUUGUAAGGGCUUACAUGUUCUAAAGUAUUGAUAUCAUAUUCUAGGUUUACUUAAUAAAUAAUAAUUCAUAUCUAAUUUUGAUAAAUUAGUUACAAAAAUUACUAAAAAUUUUAGUGGUGGGUUUUAACUUAUGAUAAAAGUCUGUUCAUUCAGUAUUUAGCCAUAAAAUGCUAUCUGGUUAAAUAUGCCUCCAGUAUGUCUGUAGUUCCAACGUUGAUAUAUUGGUUAUGAAUUUUUAAUAUAUUAGUAUAAUACAUAGGCCAGAUACAAAGUUUGAUUGCAUUAGUAUUUGAUAAUGAUCUUGAAAGUUUAAAAAGUUAUUUUGAACCAAAUUUCUUUUUAUACUGUCAAUAUGCUAUUUGAUAAGUUUUGCUGUAGUAUAUAAUGGCUACUUAUUUGAAUAAUUUUAAUGAACUUUAAUUGAUGAGAACUGUCUUCAGGUAGAAGGAAAUGGUUUGACUUUGGACAAAGAGAUGUAUGUGCAUGCACACUUGGUUGUAUGGAUUUACAUGAUAGCAAGAAAUGGAGUUUGGUAGAAUGAUGUAAAGCUCCUGAAUGUUUAAAUGUAAAGGUUAAAAGUCAUUUUUGUGCAUGUCUUGUAUUAUCAGACAGUUUGCAAACAAUGAUUUAAUAAAGUUAUUAGACAAAU